AUGAACUCUCCCGAAUCCCAAAACGCAAAAGUGUGUCCGAUUGAUCAUCAGGCGUAUAUGCAGCAACAACGGCAAGAAAUGCCACGGGAGAAUGACAACUGGUCUUCGUGGUUGAAGACGUUAUGGACGACGAGCGUUCCCGUCGAGCUAGCCCCGCCAUCCGUCGUUGCGCAGCAUCGCUCGCAGGAGCUGAAGGGUCAAGAAAUCCCACCUGAAUGUCCUAUGCACGCUCAAGGCGAAGAAGCAAACAAGAAACGGGGACCGUCUUCUUGGUUUGGAUGGGGCCAGGAUGGUCAAGAAAAAGGAGGCACAACAACAGCCGCUCCUAUUAGCAUGGGUGCCAUUCCUUCCGAGUGUCCGAUGUCGAAACAACAAAACGGUACUGGAGAGAAAUCAUCUUGGUUUUCGUUUUGGAAGCCUGCGGAAGUGCAGGAACAUCCCAAAUGGGAACAACAAGGACAAGCACCGACCCAAGGACAAGGAUACCCGUCGGAAUGUCCGAUGUCCGAAAACACAAGCAUGCCCAAGAAAAGCUGGUUUGGGUGGUUGAGGGGGGAGCAAGAGGAUGCAUCUUUGGAGAUGAACCCGGACAAUUUGAUGUAUAAGGAUUUGUCGCAAAAGGCCAAGGAGGAUCAGAUGGUGGAUUUGGGGACGAAACGGUCGACGAGCAGCAUCCCGAAAGCAGAUGGGGAUUUAUGGAAGUACCCAUCGCCGCAACAAAUGUACAAUGCGAUGUGGCGGAAGGGAUACCGUGAUAGCGGAGAAAAUGUGCCAAUGAUGGUGGAAAUCCACAACUUUUUGAACGAGGGUGCAUGGAACGAGAUCCAGGCUUGGGAGCAGGUGGAUGGAGAAGCCACAGACGCGAAACUAUUGCGAUUUGAAGGAAAUGCUAGCAAAAAGAGUCCUCGAGCCAUGUGGUACAUGAUGCUUGGACGGGUAUUUCCUAGUCGCUGGGGGACAAUGGAAGGACCGUUUGAUCGACAUGAUUGGUAUGUUCAACGAAAAGACAAUCGGGUGGUCCGUUAUGUGAUUGAUUAUUAUGAGGCCCCCGACGAUGGUGGACAGCCGGUGUUUUCCUUGGAUGUUCGUCCCGCUUUGGACAAUUUGGAGGCAAUGCGGAUGCGUUUUCGCCAUUGGCAAUCUGUGAGGCAGCAGAGUCGGUAG